AUGCACUUCUCCUCCAUCCUCGCCGGCUUCGCCGCCCUCUCAGUAUCCUCAGCAACACCCGUACCAGGCAGCUUCCUCCCCUUCGGCAACCUCCCCUCCCAAUCAAGCACAGGCGCAAGCAUCAUCGCCAACCUCGACACCCUCCAAGGCUCCAUCCUCAAGCUCACAACAACCCUCAACGGCCUCGACUACACCACCGGCAACAGCCUCAGCGUCAACAACAUCCUCAAGCUCCCCGCGGUCCUCUUAAACACAAUCGGCCUCAACUCGGCCUCCUCUUCUGCUUUGCUCGAUGCAAAGGCCCUGACCUUGGCCCUCAACUCGACCGACUCGUCCGCCAUCGUCACUAAGCUCACAAACGAGAUCCAGCCUGCGCUCAAGACGGUCACGGACCUGUUGAACAAGGCCAAGACGUCUGGGAUUGUCGCGUCGUUGACCCCGCUUGGUCAGACUGAUUACCUCAAGCUGAUCUCGACGAACCUGGGUGGUCUUGGAACUGCUCUGUCACCUUACAUUGAUACUACUUCGCAGUCUGGUUUGACUGGUGUGACUGCCACCCUCAGCAACCUCUUGAAGGCCACCGUCAACGUCUACACUACUUGA